AUGUUCAAAUUGACCGUAGCCGUGUGCCUUUUGGCCGCCGUCUCUUGCGACGUAUCGCAUUUGCGCAAACCAUACCAGGGACAGGACUCCCAGGUGCAGAUCCUCCGUCAAGAAUCCGACAUCAACCCAGACGGUUCUUACACCUACGCUUAUGAAACUGAGAACGGUAUCUCCGCUCAAGAACAGGGACACAUCGUCCAGAUCAACAAGGAUCAAGUAGCCAAGACCGCCCAAGGUUCCUUCCAAUACACCUCCCCCGAGGGUCAACCCAUCAGCAUCCAAUACGUCGCUGAUGAGAACGGUUACCAACCACAAGGAGAUCUCCCAACUCCACCACCAGUCCCAGCCGCCAUCCAAAGGGCCAUCGACUACAUCCUUGCCCACCCACAACAACCUGAACAUGUUCGCAAAUUCUAAAUGCUCACU